AUGAACUCAUAUAAAGAAAAUAUUUUAAAUGCUUCAGAGCUAAAUAGUCAUGCAGGUGGAAUUCAAGAUUUAAAGAGACAACCACUUCAGCCUGUUAAGCAACAAAAGACACAGGUUUUGACACCACCAAACAACAACUCAUCGUCACAGAAAUCAGUCCUACAACCACAACAAGUCAGUAACAAUGGACCAAGUCAACUACAACAAUCACAAGGAAGAAGAAUCGUAGAGUUGGAAAAGAAGUUGAAAGAAUUUGAAGAGAUGAUGAAGAACCUACAGAUUGAAAAUGAUCAACUGCAUGCCCAAGUUUCAUUCCAUGAUCAAUCAAGAGCAAACGUUUUGAUCAACAAUAACAGAUUAAGAUUGGUACACCGUUUGCGCGAGGAAAAUCAAAUGUUGCACGACCAGGUGGAGGCACUCGAGGAAAUGGUAGAGCAAUCAACUCACGUUGAUCCAUUGGUAACCAAACAAAACGGUAUCAGAGCUAGAAAGAUCCAACAGUUAACUAAAGAAAAUGCUGAAUUAAAUGAUAAAUUACAACAAGCAAAUGAAACAAUUAGAACUUUAAAUUCACAACAACAACAAAGACAACCAACUUCACUUUCAACAUCAACAACACAAAAUAUCAAUUACUCACACAACAGAAAUUUAACAACAUCCAGGGAAUCCAACUAUGGAAUGGAGGAACACCAUUUACCAGGAGAAUGUUAA